ACCUCUUCUCUAAAGAAACCUGAUAAAAUAAUACCUCCAUAUUUCCCUCAUAUACUUGAAACGAAUUGUGUUAUAGGCACUGUGCCGCUGCUGCAACUGAUUGAUCAUCAUAGUUUUCGAUGGAGGGAGAAGAAGAGACCAAGCAAUCAGAUCCCCGGAGCUUAAUCCCUAUCUCCGAGCUCAACCAAGUCAGCUCGGAUUUCAUCCUAGCCAUGACUGUGCACGAACAAGAGCAGGCGUACAGGAUGCUUGAAACAAUUGAAAGCGAAAGCGAAGAAGAAGAUGAUGAUGAUCAAAUUCAUGAUGUCGAUGAUGAUACUUCUUCCUCUGAUGAAUUCUAUCGUCAAGAUGAUGCUGAUUUCUUUGAGCUUCUCGAGGACGAAAAUGGAAGCGGCAGUGACCAAGAAAUGGAGGAAGAUGAUUUUGGUGAUCUAGAUGUGGAUGAACUGACUUACGAGGAAUUGUUAGCACUUGGAGAGUUCAUAGGGGUAGAGAAAAGAGGUCUGCCCAGCAAUGAAAUUUCUACAUGUUUGCAUCCCCAUACAUACAGACUAUCUCCAGUUCAUCAGAGCAAGAAUAGCGUUAUUGAUAAGUGUGUGGUAUGUCAAUACGAGUAUGAAGAUGGGGAAGCUUUGGCUGCAUUGCCUUGUGAACACUCUUAUCAUUUGGAGUGUAUCAGCAACUGGCUUCAGAUCAAAAAAUGUUGCCCGAUUUGCAGCACAGAAGUUUCAUCGUCGUCGUCGUCAUCAGCCAAAACCAAAAUUCUAUAGCUGUCUGUUAGGAUUAUAAAUUUCAUUGUUAAUUGCCUCUGAUUGUAAACUUGUAAAUGCAUAUGUACAAGAUGUCUGUUCUUAAUUAACCCUGUGCAAGAAAUAAAAAAAUUGAUAGCUUAUACUUUU